CUUCAACCUUACUAUCCUCCGCCAAGAUUUUCGACGAAUAUCUUCUUCGGCUUGUUGUCUGCUCAGAUGGCAGUGAGCUGGGUCGCAUUGUCCUGCUCAAUAAAUUACCAUCAGUGAAGAAGGAAAGGGUGUCAUUCAUUCCUGUCGUUACUCCGAAACACCCAGCAGUGGAUGAAAACUUCCGAAGUUCAACGGAUGCCAGUGUCAGCAUUGAGAAGACCACAUCUUCUGAACAAAAUCUGCUGGGACAUCCAUUCAUAAAUUUCUCUCAGUACAUAUUUUUACUCGGAAUUCAAGGAUUUGUUAGUGCCAUGCAUAACGGAGUCCUUCUGUCAGUGCAAACGUAUUCAUGUUUACCAUACGGCAGCAUUGCCUACCACCUAACCGUGACUUUGUCCAGUAUAGCCAACCCACUGAGCUGUUUCUUGGCGAUAUUCCUGCCUGUGUACAGUGUGGGCGCUGUGGCGGGACUCGCAGUCUGUGGCACCUGUUGGGCCGCCUACAUUCUAGCCACUGCUCUUCUCAUUCCCAACCCACCAUUCGUGGGAACUACCCUGGGAGCUUGUCUAGUAGUUAUUGCAUGGGUAAUGGUUUGUGGUUUGGUAGCUUUCAUCAAAGCAUGCAUCGCAGCCAUCUUAAGGAGGCAAGGAGGUCAAACGGCUCUGUAUCGAUGCGGUGUCGUCACUCAAAUAGGAUCAGCAAUAGGAGCUGUUACUAUUUUCUUACUCUUGCGAUAUACAGACUUAUUCCAAUCUUACUCACCUUGCACUUGAGACAGAAGACGGUCAAGUUAAUUUAUCUUGCCACGGAAAAAGAUGAAGUACUUUCUUUUAAAGUUCAUGGCUUGUAUUUUAAAUAUCACUUUUCCAUACUUUUCAUGUACAGAACAAAAUGUAGAACAAAUAUUAAUAUGUAAUAAAAAAAUCGGACGAAAUAUUAUCAUUUUUUUACUUAUAAAUUUUACAGCACCUGCCUCUUAAAGACAUUUUUAAAUUUUAAGUGCAUAAAUGUAAACAAUUUUUUGCUCUACUUUUGCACGUUGAAUAAUACAAAUUAAUCUUAUUUUAAGUGGCGUUUAUAUGCUGAAUUAACACUAAUUCUAUGCAAGGGUAGAUCGAGGCUUGUUGGUUUUCGGGGGGUCAUUACUAAAAUAUUACCACUCAAUUUGGAAGGGGGGUGGGGGUUCAUAAGUAAAAAAUAUUAAGGCGAGAUUUCUUGUACCCAGAAUACAGUUUUAACAGGGUGUUGGAAAAGGAGGGUGGGACCGUGUCUUUGAUCUUCCAGUUUCGCCGCUUCGUGGCUAAAGGAGGGGGGAAACGGCCGUCUCUGACGUCAUCCUGGAAGCACUGACUUGCGUAUUUUCAUAGCUCAAUACUGUCAAUUUUAAUUUUUCUGCUCGCACUGUUUAUCGCACGGGCUCCCCUUGCCCGUGCCUUGGGCAUGACAUUUCCAAGAAACAAGAUAAUUUUUCAUACUUCAUUUAAAUUAUUUUUCAAAAAAUAUCCCAGUGCUUUGAAAUAAAUUCUUUAAUUCUUAGUAUUCCUUCCUAUAUUGUUUUCCCCUUUUCAUUCGGUGAGGGGGGGGGGUGUAGUUUAUAAUGAAUUUAAAACACAAAAGAAAGAAUAACUAAUUACGAAAAUUAAGAGCAGCUGCAACAUAGGUUUUGGUAUAAUUGGAAAAAAGGGGUCAGACAGUGAUAGGGGCGGACGGGCCCGUCGGCCGAUGCGCCCUCAGUGUACCUUGGUUAUUAUUAUUUUCUUUUUUGCACCCUCAAAUUUGUGUGACUUCGUUUUUUUUUUUUUUUUCAUUCAUUCUUUUUUUUUAUUUUUUUGCACCCCUUCAAUCCUGAGCCUCUUUUUUUUUCUUUGCUUCCUCAAACCUAAGCUCAGUUUUUCUUUCAUCCCUUGAACCUGUGUACCUUCGGUUUAUUUAUUUUAUUUUACUUAAUUUUUUUACGGACUAAAACCUGUGCGCUUUAGGGGUGUCCCCCCCCCCUUAAACCUGCGGACUUUCGAGGGUUUUUUUUUCUUUUUUUUUUUGAAACCUUUGGGAGUCAAGGUUGGUUCUAUCUUAGGGAAUCCUGUCCGCCCCUGAAUAGUUAUGGAUUUCAGAGUGGUUUUUUAAAAAUUACCUUUGAAU